AUGUCAGGCGUUACGGACCCAAGUAGUGAUCCUAAUGUUGGUUCUUCUCGCGGCGAUGCCUCGUCUACCUCAGGCGAUAUUGCGGGCGGCCUCACCGGUGGAGGAAGCUCAUCAUCCUCUGCGCUAUUGAUGACUUUUUUGCCUGCACUGGUUUAUGCACUGUUCUGGGUCGGUCUGUUCCUGAUUUUUCGCCGAACUCAAAGACGAUGGUACGCGCCAAGGUCCCAUUUACCAGAUUUGCACGAACAUCAGAGGAGUCCGGAAUUACCUUCAGGCUGGGUCAACUGGGUUGGCGAAUUUUUGAAAAUUGAAGAUAAUCACGUUUUGCACCACUCGUCCCUCGAUGGAUACCUAUUCUUACGGUUUUUACGCGUCCUAUGCGCUAUAUGCUUCACCGGCUGCGUGAUUACAUGGCCUAUACUGUUUCCACUCCAUGCUACUGGUGGAAAUGGUAAUACUCAGCUUGAUGUUCUGAGUUUCAGUAAUGUCGCAAACCCUAACAGAUACUAUGCCAAUGUUCUCUGUGCAUGUGUCUAUUUCGCGUAUGCGUCUCGAAUGUCGUCACGAACUGUCCUCUUUAUGUCGUGCCCACCAGAUUACCGAAAUGAAAAGAAACUUCGACAGGUAUUUGGUAAUGCAAUUCAACGGAUCUGGAUCACAUCCGAGUGCGACGAAUUGACUAAACUGGUUGAUGAGCGCGACAAGCUAGCUUUCAAGCUAGAGACAAACGAAACGAAGCUCAUUCGACGGGCGAAUAAAGUUCGCAUUCAGGCUGUGAAGACAGGAGAAUUUUCAUCGGAUACUUGUUUGGACUGCGAGUCUAGUAAUCCUGCAUGGUCUCACAAGGUGCAGCGACCAACCCACAGGUUGAAGUACUUGUUUGGCAAGAAAGUCGACUCUAUUCACCAUUAUCGCGAAGAGUUAGCCCGAGUCACGGAAGAAGUGGAAAGACUCCAACGGAAACACCAAGAAGGAGAUGCGAAACAAUUAUCUGCCAUAUUCAUCGAGUUCAAUACUCAAGCCGAUGCCCAAAUUGCUUUCCAGACUGUAUCCCACCACCAGCCAUUCCACAUGACGCCGCGUUUUAUUGGAAUAUCUCCUAAGGAGGUUGUCUGGUCUGCGUUGAAUCUCAGCUGGAAGCAGCGCGUUUCUCGCAGAUUUGCUGUCCAAGCUUUCAUUGGCGCCAUGGUUAUUUUCUGGUCAUUCCCUGCUGCGAUUGUUGGGACUAUUUCCAACAUUACUUAUCUUAGCAACCUUAUCCCAUUCUUGAAGUUUAUUCUCAGUUUACCCGAAUUUGUCAAGGGGGCUAUCGAAGGUCUAUUACCAGCAGCGGCUCUUGCGCUUUUGAUGUCGUUGGUUCCGAUCAUUUGCCGAAUCUGUGCUAGAAAAUCUGGAGUACCAUCCCUAGCUCGGGUUGAGCUAUUCACACAAAGUGCAGUAUUCGUUUUCCAGGUCGUCCAGGUUUUCCUAGUGACAACUUUGACAUCUGCAGCAUCUGCAGCAACUUCUCAAAUCAUCAAAGAUCCGUUAUCCGUUAAGGAUCUGUUGGCGCAGAAUCUCCCAAAGGCAACAAACUUCUAUAUCUCAUACUUCUUACUUCAAGGAUUGAGCAUGAGUUCUAUGGCUCUCGUGCAAAUUGCCAGCGCGCUCAUCUUUAAGUUCAUAACUAAAUUCUUCGCUCGUUCCCCUCGUCGACUGUAUAACAAAUGGGCCGAGCUUGCUAGUCUUAACUGGGGCAGUGUGUUUCCUGUUUUCACUAACAUGGGUGUCAUUGCUUUAUCAUACUCCUGCAUCGCACCACUGAUUCUCGGAUUCUCCUUCAUCGGCUUGUACAUGGUGUACCAAGCCUACCGCUACAAUUUUUUCUUCGUAUAUGACAUCGAAGUCGACACCAAAGGCCUAGUCUACCCACGAGCACUUGGUCAUCUCUUAACAGGCCUAUAUAUCGCCGAAGUCUGCAUGAUCGGUCUAUGUGCCAUCAAAGGAGCCGUCGGACCAGUGGUAAUAAUGGUCAUGUUUCUCAUCGCAAACAUCCUAGCACACAUCUCCCUCAAAGAAGCUUUGAACCCACUCAACAGCUUCCUCCCGCGAUCAUUAGACGCAGAAGAAGAGUACCUACAAGAAAAAGAGGACAUCCGAAACGAAAUCAACGAGAACCGUCGCUCACGUAGCAUCGCAUUUUGGCGCUGGUUUCACCCUAACGUGUACAAGGAUUAUGCAGCUCUUCGACGCAAGGUGCGCAAGAAUGUUGAGCAGGUCUUUUACACGCCGGAGGAAAUGCGAACUGCAUACUUUGAGCCUUGCAUUUCAUCUCCAUCCCCUACUUUGUGGAUUCCGCGUGACAAGUUUGGAUUUAGUCGACAUGAAGUGCUGGAGACGGAUUCUAUUAUCAGUAUUACGGAUGAGGGUGCCCAUCUCAAUGAGAGGAAUAAGAUUGUGUGGGAUAAAUAUGAUCCCCAGCUUCCGAUACGGGAACGGAAGACUUUGUAUUAG